GGGAGCUGCAGCGAGGUUGGUCUUGAGCUGUGUCAGGAUGCGAGGGUUUCAGAAUCUAAUGUUGGUACAGACUAAUCUUGAGGACAUGGAAUCCUUGGAAGAAACAGUGGCCUCAGCAAAAAGAAAUGAACAUGAGGAUUUGGGGCCUCAAGAGGAAUCAGCAUAUUUUAAUCCUCUCCUGAGGGCUGCUUUAAGAGGUGAUACAGAAGAAGUACAACAGAUUUUUGAGGACUUGGAGGAUCCUGAUCAUGAAAAAGCCAACAAGUUGUUAAUGGAAAAGGAUAUUAUAGGGAGAAAUCUAUUAUUUACAACUUGCAUGGUUGGUCAGAGUGACAUUAUCCAGUCCCUGGCAAAAUAUGGGGUUGACUUGAAGGAUAAGACAGCCAGAGGUUAUACACUUCUUCAUUGUGCUGCAGCCUGGGGUCAGCUAGACACACUGAAAACUCUAGUAGAGCUGGAAGCUGACAUUUAUGCAACUACAUUCCGGGGUGAAAAGGCUAGAGAAAUUGCAAAUCGAUAUAAACAAACAGAGUGUGUUGAAUUCUUGGAUUGGGCAGAGGCCAAGCAGAAUUUACGCAAUUUUAUUUCCCAAGUCCAGGCAACAGUCACAGAUCCUGAGAAAGUUCAGGGAAGGCUUAAUAAAGAAGAUAAGACAACCUCCAUCAAAGCCUGUCAGGCCAAGUUGGACUGGCUUGAAAAUACUAAAGAUCCUACUGCACAAGACUUUAUUGAUCAGAAACAGCAGUUGGAGGACAUAAUGCUUCCUAUCUUCACAAAGUUGGCUACGCCACGUGGACAAGACUCCACUGUCAAAAAAACUUGAAUGCUUUUUGGAAAGCAACUUAUCAAGCAUGUGUGCCUGCAAACUUCUGCUGUAAGCAAGUUCCUGAAUAUUGGCUUAAGAGUCCGGAGAGCCGAGAUUUAUUGUUGUGCUUGGUCUGAAGACUGACAAGUCAGAUGUGAAUGUAUCAUGAUAAAUUAAACUCACCUUUCUGUAAAGAGAAUAACAAUCAAAACAGUUUCACAUUUCUAGUUUCUCUAUUUUCCCCCCAAAGUCUGACAUACUGUGCAGUGUGGAAAAUGUAUACAACAGUGGCAAAACACUCCUUCCCUAAACCUCAAAACAAAGUAGAAAGACCCAACUUUCUCCAAAUGCUUGAUGCUAGCCAGAGAAUUUGGUGGAAUGAGAGGAAGUUUAUUUAUUUAUUUAUUAAAUUUAUAUGCCAUCCAUCUCCCCCAGAGUUGUUGGGGAGGCUGGCUAGUAAAAUAUUUAAAUGUUUCUGGACUCCUGAAACUUGGAUUUGUUAAUCCCAUUUUUGUUGAAUUCUAACCUAUAAGAACAUUCAAGAGCUUAAUAUAAAAACAGAACAUUAUAUAACAAAUCAAUUUGGAGAUAAUAUGCUUAUUUUUCUUUAAAAACCUAAGGCAGAUUUAACUCCACUACAAUCUGAAUGGAAUAAAUUUCAUACUGCAGCAGGACUAAACAUCAGAGCGGAUACAUCAUCUGCUAUUUAAUCAAUAUGGUCUUAAAAAGUGGGAAAAUGGCUUCAAGAAUCUGUAUAUACAUCUUAGAGAGAGACUCACAAUGAUCUUUUUUGCUUUUGUUUAGUUUUGUUUUUGAUUUUCUCUUCUUACACUUUAAAAAAAUCAUUGCUUUACUGAUAAAUAUGUUUAAACAUGUGAAGACUGCCCUAUAGCAAUAUGUUCACAACUGAACUAUGAUGCAAUUAUAAGUAAUUAUAAUUACAUACAUACAUAUAUUAACAAUACUCUAUUACAUUUAGAGGAAAUAUAAUCCUAAAGUUUUGGGCCUGAAACUUCAAGUUUUGUUCUUUUAUUCCUUCACAUCUGUUCAUGGGACAAAAGAGUGAAAUAAUUCUAUAGCUGUGCCUAUGAAUAUUGGUCUGUCUGCAGAUAAUUCUCUGGCGCUUAUCGGGCUUCCUACCGCAAUAUAUAAAUAUAUUAAAAAACAUCUUGAAACUCUGAAGUUAUUUUGUUUCAAUUACCCACAAUUAAACCACAGUUAAAGAUUUGAAUAUAAAGAUUAUGAUUAAUCUAAAACCAAUGUUGAAGUUUCAAUCUCUUUAUAAUAGAACUACAGAAGAAUAUGAGUAUGCAGGACCAAGGCCAUGUAUUGUAAUGUUAAAUUAAAAAGGAUGGUCAAUCUGUCGUCCUCAAUCUCUUUUUCUGUAGCACUUAAAAGCACUUAAAUGCAGUGUCAUAACUGUCACCAGGUUGUCAAAUUCACCAGUGUGUCUUACCACUUGAGACAGAAAACAAAAGAAAACCACAAUGAAUACUCUAAAAUGAACUUUUCUUUUAAAAAGAAAACCUGAAAAUCACUGCCCAUCCCUCAUACAUGAUGAAUCCUGCCCAUUUUGUAUCAGCACACUACCCACUUCAAAUCUGCAAAAACAUUAAAUGUGAACUAUCAAAACAUUUUCCAUGUCUCGUUGAAAGUAACAUUCAAAUUCUUUCAUUGCUGUCGUUAUUUUUUC